AUGGAUGAUCUAUUCCAAAUAAAUGAACUAGUGAAUCAGAAAUAGAAGUAGAAAAUUUGUGAAUUUAGGAUUAAAGAACAUUAGAACAUAAACUAGGAGAUAAAUCUUAAAUGGGGAGUAAUAAAUGCUUCUAUUUUUAUUAGCAAAAAGUUGUAAUCUUUUUAGAAAGUUUUAAUGAUAUGAUUUUCAUGACUAUUGUAACUGUAUAUGCAUUAUUUAGAGAUGAUUUAAGAGUAUUAUUUGGCGCCAUCAUACAAAAGGUAUAUUAUAUUAGAUAAAUUUUGAAUAAUAAAAGCAAUUUAUUUGAACAUAUUUUUUAUAGAGGUUGUUUUUCUGCUUUUAUUUGUAAAGUAUAUAAAUUAGUAGGAAUAUAGUGAAGGAGCACCAUUGAGUGCAUUGUUAUUAGAAAGGUUAUUUUAAGUAUUAUUUUUGUAGUGCAGGAAGUAAGAUUGGUGAGAUUGUAAAAAUUACAUAAACAAGCAAUUUAGUUUUUGGAAAAAUAGCAGAAAAAUUAUUAGCAUAAGAAAUGA